AUGUCUCUUGCUCUAAAACCUUUACUCUUGUUCCUCGUACUCUGUGCGUUGAAUCCUUUUCCCUCUGUCGAGUGUGCAAUUCCAUUUAUAAGAACUCUCCAAAACCUGAGGGGCAUUCGUAGGGGACAAAACGCGGAUGGCGUAGGCAUCCUCAGAAGCCACCUCAAAAAUUUAGGCUACCAAGUAAACGACAAAUCAUCUUCCGACAACAACUUCGAUGCAAACGAUGAAUCUGCUCUGAAACAGUACCAAGCUUUCCAUGGCUUGCACACCAGUGGUGUGGUGGAUGAUCAAACCAUCGAAACCAUGAGCCUCCCACGUUGUGGAUUGCCUGAUAUCACAGCCACUCCUAACCCUAACCCUAAUGGUUUGUCGUCGUCGUCGCCCCCCCAAAACUACACUUACUUCCCAGGAAAUCCAAAAUGGAGCAAGUUUACCUUAACCUAUCGAGUGACUCGAAUGCCUUCAUCUGUUUCCGUCAGCCAGAAUGACUUUAAACAAGCAUUGAGGAAUGCCUUUAACACCUGGGGACAGAACAACAGUUUCACGUUCACUGAAACCACUGGUCAAUCUGACAUAGUCGCUGGCUUCCACCGUGGCUUACACUUUGAUUUUUACCCAUUUGAUGGGCGAGGUGGGGUUCUGGCACACGCUUUUGCUCCAGAUGAUGGAAGAAUGCACAUGGAUGCAGAUGAAAACUGGAGCACUACAGGGUCAUCACCAACCAUUGAUGUUGAAACUGUUUGUUUGCAUGAACUUGGUCACAAUCUGGGGCUUGGACACAGUAACGAUCCUAACGCGAUUAUGGCACCCACAUAUUCAGGGGUAAGACGGAAUACAAGACAAGAUGACAGGGAAGGUUUAAACAAUCUAUAUGGGUUUUAA